UAGAAAGGCGGAAAAGUCCUUUGGGAAGAGCGGCAAGAACAAUGACCCUUGGAUAAUCGCAUUGUAUGACUGGGUUUAUGAAAGACAGAAAACACUGGGGGAUAUGUUCAGGAAAUACGACCCUGACGAGGUGGGGACUAUACCAAAGGACGAUGUCGUUGAUACAAUCGUUGGGUUGAAGGCACCAGCAGACGAAGAUGAACUUAGAAAAAUUGUGACGAUUCAUGACAAAGCUCGUGACGGAAAGGUGGACUAUAAUGACUUCUUUGCUGCCAAAAAAUGGGUCAAUAAAAAUUAUUUGAUGAGUGCAUUUGAAGGGAAGAAGAAAAAGAAAGAAGAAAGGAGGGGAAGAAGGGGCAAGAAGAAGGGCAAGUUCAAGCUGGUCAUGCCCAUCUGUGUGCAGGAGGACGGGCCGAGGACGUUCAGGGGAGGACCGCCCGAGAUGUUCAUUCCCAGACACAUACACUUCACGGACACAGGGCGGUUCGACCGCGACAACCCACCUACCCAUCCUCUCCAGGAUGAUUCAGCCUGGUACUUGAAACAACCAGACAAGACGUAUCUCAACAUCACCGAGGCAACCAAGAUGAGGGAUUUUGAUUCGUUGAAGACUGCAAUUUCGAAAGGUAUCCCGGUGGACACGAGGGACAAGUAUUACAAGACGCCGCUGAUGGUGGCGUGCCAGGGUGGCCUCAUCGACAUGGCCAGGUUCCUCAUAGAGAAUGGAGCGAGUGUGAACGCCCGGGACAACUUCAAGUGGACUCCACUUCAUCAUGCCUGCCACUCUGGCCAGCUGGACGUUGUGGACUUGUUGUUGGACCAUGGUGCGGAGAUUGAUGCCUCAACCAUGGGUGGGGGCACUCCCCUGACCCGGGCCAUCGAGAGCUCACGGGACGGUGUUGUCCAGAAGCUGAUAGACAAGGGAGCCAAGGUGCAGACCGAGAACAGGAAAGGUCACAACCCGAUGGACAUUGCUCAGUCCUGGGCUGCCCGCUGUCUGGAUGUGGUACAGAAGAAGUGGGACUCCAUGCCACCCCCAGGGGACAAGAAGAAGAAGGGGGCCAAGAAGAGUGGGGGACCCAAGGCUAAGAGACCCUCAUCAGCCCCUGGGGAGGGAAAAGAAACUGGCUCGCCUUUGCAUAUUCAGGAUACUGUUAGACAUGUCAAGCCUCCAGUGCACCGCACGCACGACGAAGGCAUCCCGCACCAGCGAAAAGGCUCCAUCCUGCGUGCAGCAUCGGCGUUGGCGGGUGGCAUGGAGGAGAGGGAGGACAUCACUUACACCCCACUCAAAGCUUGGACCAAACAACCCACCACUCGCAACCUCAUCGAACAGAAGGAAGUCAAGCGGGACAGGUUCGGAUGGGAGGUCGACUUUGAUGAUUUUGAGAUGCCAUUCAAAAGCAAUGUAUAUCAAAAAAGUGGAACUGUUUGGUGGCUUGGAGGAGUGAGUCAGGAAUUGUAAACAAAAGUGUUGUUGAGAUUUAUUAAACUGUCAGGAUCACGUCAUGGUAUUGUUUUUGCAGCUGAUUCUUGUGCCAGAAUUCACCGUCCAUUCUUAUGCGCAUUUAAACAAGUAAACCUGAUACAACUAUUGGUCAUUGCUGUAAAAUUUCAGAGGAUUGUAUAUGAACCAUAGCAAGGUAUAAGUCGAAGAAAUCAUUCAAAUCUGUUGAUUCAGGAAGUUGAUUAUUCCAGAAUCUACAUGUUCCCAAGAUUCUUCAUUACAAAUCAAUUUGACAAGCGAAAUCAAAUCAACAAAACCUCUUCAUACAUCCUUUUUUCUGGUCAAGGACAAAAGGUGAAGCACAAUUCUCAUACUAAAUAAGUAAGAGCUGACCUUCACAUGAUGUAUGGAGUCUGUGGAGUAGCCCAGUGGGUAAUGCGUUCACUUGUCAUGCUGAAAGCCUGGGUAUAAAUCCCCACAUGUGUACAGUAUUUGAAGCGUUUUUCUGAUGUCCUCAAAUAAUGAUAUUGCUGUGAUAUUGCUACAAGUGGUACAAGCUGCACAGUCAUGCAUCCUAUGUCAGUAAAUAUUUCUUCGGAAAUCCAGUUGUCUUAGCCACCUCACUUCACUUUACAGAGUUGCCUCCCCUGGACAGACAUGUUUGUGGUGGUUCUAAUACCAAUUUGCCACAUGUAUUUAGCUUAAUUUCUAGGUUUGUCAACACCAUAUAUGUGCUCUAGGCUACCACCAAAGUGGUAAAUGUUUGAUAACUGCAUCAACUCAGGUUUUCCUAACACAUUAUUACUGACACAUCAUGAUAUAACUAGAUAAUACUGGCAAUAGCAGUGUUAAAGCAGAGUCACUCACUCACAGAAUCAUUUGAAAAUAUAUAUAUUUUGAACCUGUAAUUUCUGAGCUGUGUAAUUUACUGCCUCUGGUAAUUUUAGACGAAACAGUAAAACAGUAAACUUAAUGCCUUCACAGGCCAAAGAAGUAAAUUUUAUGAAACCUUUAUAUUUCUAGAAAAACUAUAUCUGAUCCUGUGUCCAUUAAAAUGAUAUUUAUGUGAGUCACUAAUAAUUGCCUUGCAGCCUUUUCUCGUUUCCUAGUGAAAUUUUAUAGAACAACCCCACAGACAUGUUUUUUGAUUGAAGUAUUAAGUCAUGUGAUACAACUGUUGCCUUAUUGUAUAUAUAUUCAUAAUGAUGAAAACUUACAUCUAUUUCAUGCAAUAUUUGUAAAUAAAAACUGUAUCUUGUAAAAUACUUGCCAUGCAUUAUGUCCUAGGCGAUUACACAAACAGUGUGUUAACAGUAUUAUAAUAUCUGGGUGUUGUAUGUUUACUUCAAGUGUGCAAGAUCAGAUUAUUGUUUGUUUACUUUGGCUUGUUACUGGUUACUGUUAGUGGUUGAUGAUAAUUUCUAUCGAGAAGUAUGUACAAUGUGAAUGAUUUCUCCCCACCCCCAAUUAUGUACAAAGUAAGUGACCCCCCUGCAUAUCAUGUACAAAAUCAAUGGAACCCCCCCUCCCCUUUCCCAUAAUAUUUAAGUAUAACUUUUAAAUAUUUUUAUGUACAAAAUUGCUGACCCCCUUACCUCCCCAGAACAAUAUGGGUGAUCCCCCAUAAAAUCAUCAUUUCUCUCUCCUCCUCUUCCUCCCCCUCCCAUUGUCAUUAAUUAUGAACUUUUAGAGAAAUAUUUCAGGCUGUGUUAAACAGUACGAAAGAGGUUUAAUGGCUCCAUACAGCCAGACUGCCUUCUCUGCCAGGGGUAUUAAGGUUAUGUCACACAUAGCAGUGGAACCAUUAUGAUACUGACUGGGCUGGAGCAGGUUUUGUGUAGCAUCACUUUUAUACAGAGAAUUAUUUUCGCAAUAGAUUUUGUUGAGUCAAUGUUUUAGCAGAUGGACUGCUCGGGACUGCCUAAUAUCAAAUAAUGCAGUCAACCCAUUAUUUGUGAGAUUUUUUAUAAACAUUACAAAAGAUGUAUUUGUUUAUCUGAUUUUGCACCCUUAAAAUUAAACUGGGUAUUUUCUGCUGAUGGCAUUGUUACUCUACACAUAAGGGGGCCAUUCAUUUAUUAUGGGGGGGGGGAGAGUUGUGGAGUCCAGGAAAUCAGGGGAGGAUCAGUUUAUAGAGGGUUGUGAAAAAUAAUACACAUAUAUGGGAAAGAUGACAUCAAAGGAUGUUAAUAAAUUUCAGAUAUAAACAUAUACUACCCAUCAAUAGUUUAGACUCACUAGUGUAAAUGUAGCCACUUUCUUCAGUCAACUGUUCUAAACUAGAUUUUGCAAAAAUAUUCCAUACUGUUUAAUGGU